GUACGAGUGGCCCUCCACGUUGCAUGGAUGCCUGGAUGUGACUCUGGAAGUGGUCCUCGCCUGCUCGGGCACAUCCUCAAGCAGGAUCCUGUCUUUCGGGACAAGAGCAAGAUCACCUUUCUGGACACGGCGGACUUUGCGCAUAUCCGGCGAUGGCUCUUCUUGCAGGUUCCCGCGAGUCUACCGGAUUCCACGCCUGUACAGCUUCGUGCUUGGGAACCUAUCGAGGUCUGCAUGCUUUUCAGUGCAGAGGAGGGUGGCAGCAAAUCGCACGAGGAG